CCUAAGUAAGAACAAGGUAAAGAAGCGUAAGUUAGCCGACUCGAUGCCUCUGGAGGCACUAAUAAAGCGUCGCGCUGGUGUACUGGGUCUCAGUGCUCUAGUAGAAGCUUAUCCUUACAAUGUACCAGAGUUCAUGCCACAGAUCUUAAUGGACCUGAGUAUCCAUGUCAAUGAUCCUCAACCAAUUCAGAUGACUGUGAAGAAAACUUUAUCAAACUUCCGUAGAACACACCACGACAAUUGGCACGAUCAUAAACAAAUGUUUACAGACGGUCAACUUGUCAUAUUAACUGAUAUUCUUGUGUCCCCUACUUACUAUGCUUGACAACGGAUCAUCAUCCUAGAGAAAUUAAAUACCAAGGUGUAAGGCCUAACCAGGAACAGCUCAGCCAUGGCAGAGCAGCCCGGAGUUAUCUCCCCCCAAAACAGGGUCCCAAAAGUCAACAGCACCUUCUCUUCUCAUUUCACAGAUUUCAUCAUAUUAAGGGACAUGUA